UGCUAUCCCAUCAGAGUCUUAGAAAUGAAAAAUGUACAUUCUUGAAGAGAAUUUGUUUCUCCAGAAUUCAAGAACUCAACAUCCUUCCUUGCUCUCUUUUCUCAGUACAGAUUUUCAUGAAUUGGCUGUUAGAUAACACUGUUUCCUGUUCAAUGACACCUGGUCAAUUCUUCUUAGUCAAUUGCUUCCUUCCAUAAUUUCAAGCAUACUAUUUACCCUUUCCAUGAAUAACAUUGCCUCACAGUGAUACAGGCUCAUAGAAAUUUCCCUAGCCAAGUCACUCUUCUCAGGAAUAAGACAACUCAGAAAACAGCCUCCUGCUAGCCUCUCUCUUCUGCUCACAUGCAUUAACUUUCUUCAUGUUUAUUUUUAGUUGUCCUGGCUCAAGCUUCUCUGAGCCCCUGAUACAGACACACACACUCUUCUUCUCUCUGGCAUACAUGCUCCUGCUAAGAACCCCUGAGAUAAAAGUGGCUUUUCUUGUUCCUUGAUCAAAAAAAAAAAAGUCUUGACUACAGGGGACCAUAUGAUCACACUAAGCUAUCUGGGAUGGACAUAUGCAGAACAACCUUCCAGACAGUUUUAAAAUUCUGAAGUCUCAAUGUUGACGUUGUCUCUCAAAGGACAAAGCCUUCGGUUGAACGGCAUUAACUUCCUCUUUACUGUUGCUUCCUUUCCUUGGAGGUAACACUGUCUUCAUCUCUUUUGAAAAUUUUUUUUUCCUUCUUAAUUUGCCAGUAAUGCCAACAGUCAUUAAAACUUCGGUGGCUCAGCCGACAAAGGCUGGCCCACUCUCUCCAGGACUGGUUCCUCCCCCGGUCCAAGCCCCAACCACCGAUACAGGUGGGGGGAAUUCUGGGGGCAUCUAUUCAGCUAUUAUCAGCCGGAAUUUCCCUAUUAUUGGAGUGAAGGAGAAGACUUUUGAGCAGCUGCACAAGAAAUGUAUGGAAAAGAAGGUUCUGUAUGUGGAUCCUGAUUUCCCCCCCGAUGAGACCUCUCUGUUCUACAGCCAGAAGUUCCCCAUCCAGUUUGUUUGGAAGAGACCACCGGAAAUCUGCGAGAAUCCCAGGUUUAUCAUUGGUGGAGCCAACAGAACUGACAUCUGCCAAGGAGAUUUAGGGGACUGCUGGUUCCUGGCUGCCAUUGCCUGUCUGACCCUGAAUGAGCGACUACUCUUCCGAGUUAUUCCCCAUGAUCAGACUUUCACUGAAAACUAUGCUGGGAUUUUCCAUUUUCAGUUCUGGCGUUAUGGAGACUGGGUGGAUGUGGUUAUUGAUGACUGCCUCCCAACCUAUAACAACCAGCUGGUCUUCACCAAAUCCAACCAUCGCAAUGAGUUUUGGAGUGCUCUCUUGGAGAAGGCCUAUGCAAAGCUCCAUGGCUCUUAUGAAGCCCUGAAAGGUGGCAACACCACAGAAGCUAUGGAGGACUUCACUGGAGGAGUGACAGAAUUCUUUGAGAUCAAGGACGCUCCCAGAGACAUGUACAAGAUCAUGAAGAAAGCUAUUGAGAGGGGUUCCCUCAUGGGCUGCUCCAUUGAUGAUGGUACAAACAUGACCUAUGGGACUUCUCCUGGUUGUAGCAUGGGGGAGCUGAUUGCUAGGAUGGUGAAGAAUUUGGAUAACUCCCAACUGAGGGAUUCAGACCUAGAUCCAAGAGGCACAGAUGACAGGCCAACCCGGACAAUUGUUCCAGUGCAGUAUGAGACACGAAUGGCCUGUGGGCUGGUCAAAGGUCAUGCAUAUUCAGUCACUGGACUAGAGGAGACGACAUUCAAAGGAGAGAAGGUGAAGUUGGUGCGGCUGAGGAAUCCCUGGGGUCAGGUGGAAUGGAAUGGCUCCUGGAGUGAUGGCUGGAAGGACUGGGUCCUGAUUGACAAGGCGGAGAAAUCUCGCUUGCAGCACCAGGUGACCGAGGACGGAGAAUUCUGGAUGUCCUAUGAAGAUUUCAUGUAUCAUUUCACAAAGCUGGAGAUCUGCAACCUCACAGCUGAUGCCUUGGAAUCUGACAAGCUCCAGACCUGGACUGUGUCUGUGAACGAGGGCCGCUGGGUGAGAGGAUGCUCUGCUGGAGGCUGUCGCAACUUUCCAGACACUUUUUGGACCAAUCCUCAGUAUCGCCUGAAGCUUCUGGAGGAAGAUGACGACCCUGAAGACAAUGAAGUUGUCUGCAGCUUCCUGGUGGCCCUGAUGCAAAAGAAUAGGAGGAAGGAUCGGAAACUGGGAGCCAAUCUCUUCACCAUUGGUUUCGCCAUCUAUGAGGUGCCAAAAGAGAUGCAUGGGAACAAACAGCACCUCCAGAAAGAUUUCUUCUUGUACAACGCCUCCAAAGCCCGUAGUAAAACCUACAUCAACAUGCGCGAAGUGUCCGAGCGCUUCCGCCUGCCCCCCAGCGAGUAUGUCAUCGUCCCCUCUACCUACGAUCCGCACCAGGAGGGAGAAUUCAUCCUUCGCGUCUUCUCUGAGAAGAGGAACCUCUCUGAAGAUGUCGAAAAUACAAUUGCUGUGGAUCGCCCUGUGAAAAAGAAAAAGCACAAGCCCAUCAUCUUCGUGUCUGACAGAGCAAACAGCAACAAGGAGCUGGGUGUGGACCAUGAGUCUGAGGAGGGAAAGGACAAAACAAACUCUGAUAAGCCAGAGAAACCAACUCAGCCAACCCCAGGUAACACUGACCGGGACAGCGAGGAGCAGGUGCAAUUCAAGAACAUUUUUCGACAGAUUGCUGGUGAUGACAUGGAAAUUUGUGCUGAUGAACUCAAAAAUAUUCUCAACACAGUGGUGAACAAACAUAAAGACUUGAAGAUAGAUGGAUUCACUCUGGAGUCCUGCCGAAGCAUGAUUGCCCUGAUGGACACAGAUGGUUCUGGACGGCUGAACCUGCAGGAAUUCCAUCACCUCUGGAAGAAGAUCAAGAGCUGGCAGAAAAUCUUCAAACACUAUGACACAGACCACUCCGGCACAAUCAACAGCUAUGAGAUGCGAAAUGCUGUGAAUGAUGCGGGCUUCCACCUCAACAGUCAGCUCUAUGACAUUAUCACCAUGCGCUAUGCAGACAAGCAUAUGAACAUCAACUUUGACAGCUUCAUCUGCUGCUUUGUCCGGCUGGAGGGCAUGUUCAGAGCUUUUCAAGCCUUUGACAAGGAUGGAGAUGGCAUCAUUAAACUCAAUGUUCUAGAGUGGCUGCAGCUUACUAUGUAUGCCUGAACCAUGCCUCCCUCAAACUCAACUAAAAUGGAAUAGAAUGAACCGUUCGUGAUGUCAACCACAGCAGCUAGUCACUUCUAAGAAACAAACACCUCUAACAGCCUUGUGAUUCCCAUGAUGAUUGUCUUCUCUGUCAUUCUGUACUCCCAGCUAGUCUUAGGAUGUGCCAGUUUCAUUAUUCACUACAUUGGCCCUUGGGAUAACCAGAUGCUUUCCCCAGGCCCAUAAAGCUGCUCCCCAACCAACCUUAGCUCUUUAGGAUAAGGUAUGAACAGAGGUGUAACUUCUCUUCCCCAUAAAAACCAUGACAUCAUCUCAGAGUACUAUAGUGAAGCAAGUCGCUGCCAACUUCAGAGUUCCAAUUUAACCCUGGGAGAAGAGUUUAACUGGAGAUGAUCAGUCCAGGCAUCUAAAAGGCUGACUUGAUCCUAGAGCUAAUGCAAGGGUUUGAGCCUCCAAUCAAGGUCCCUCUUUGGACUGUCCCCAAAUCUCCAGAUCAGAACUGACCUCAGGCAUGGAACAUGAUGCAAUUAUUGCUAGGAAAACUACAACUAGUUCAAAACCAAACCAGGCUCGAGGAAAGGUAAAGAAAUACUUCCUGGGGUAUUUGUCUGGCAUUGUCCUUUGCUGGUCACAUUAAAGAAAAAGACCUUCAUUGUUUAUAUGCUGAUGGACAUUAAGCAUGGAGUACCUCCUGUACUCCUUCCCUCUAUCCCAGCCCUUGGUUCUACCUUGGUUUUACUUCAGGAUUUUAUUUGUUCUGGAUUUAUACAGAGGAAAGGUAGACCAGAGUAAUUCUUUGUUUGGGUUGUCACAGGUGAUUGGUUGUAGUCCCAAUAAGACUUCCCAAAUUAAUAAAAGGCAUGUGUCUGUCUAUCUAGUGUGCACUGCUUGACUCAUUUGAUAUUCUCAUCAGGGAACAGAUAGAACAAGACUGGGUUUCUAUAGCUACCUAGUAGCCAAAACAGUACCAGGGUAGAGAACUCCUUAGUCUCAGAACAAAAAACAGACCCAAUAAGAUUUUGAUUUAGAAAAAAAUGCUGAAAAGACCAAAUUUUCAAAAUCAGUCCCUUUAAAAAAGUGAUUAUUUAAAAAGCUUGUCAACACUUUUCCAGGGACAGGAGUGUAUGUGAAAGAAGCUAGUUGAAAUAUCUGGACUGCAUACCAGGGGCAAAGGGUCUCUAUAUUGGCCACCACCAAUAUGAGUUGGUAACUCAUUUGAAUGAAAUUAGAGAAAACACUCAAAAAGUUGUGUUAAGGUCCCAAUGUUUAAACUUGCACUGAGGUUGUGACUUCUGUUGGUUAUGUCACUGUGGUCUGCUAAUGGACUGCACUUGGCCAGGAACUGUCAAAGAAACACUUGAUGAUUUAGGACUUUAACAAUGAAACCAUCGUACAGAAUCUCAGCAUUCCAAGCGUUUUAGAAGGUGCCUUGGAGGCCCUUUAGUCCAACGUAUGUCUUUAGGAAUCUUCUCCAUAAUCUCCCCGACAUUUUUUUUCUCCUAAAGCGAUUUAAAACCUGUGUUGACCCCCCACCCUACUCUGUAGGCUCCAUCUUGAUGACCUGUAGCCUCCCCUGCGCAGCCUGUCUUCAAAGGGAGAAGCAGGAUACCAACUCAAGUAAAAAUCUGCACAGAGCUAUUUAAGAACAGAAUGGGCUACCUUAAGGGGGUAGGUAGUGUUUCACAGAAGUGUUUAAGGGGAGGCUGAAUGACCACUUGUUAGGGAUGCUAUGGAUAGAAUUUUUUACUUAAAUUGAGGUUGGAUUAGAUGACCUAUGAGCCCCCUUCUGAAAGGGCUGAACAACAAAGUUCCCUUCUGACUGCAUGAGACUCUAAGCACAGAAAAGUGGCUAAAUUGGCUAUAAACAAACAGCUGGGCGCCAAUUAAGUUGACAGAGCCAAUUAUUAAAAGUAUUUAAGUUUUAUUUUCCUCUCAAUAUUUGCUUUACUUCUUUCUUUACAAAGUUUCAUGGAGUUCACAGCUUUGUACCAAAAUGAAAGGGGGCCAAGGUAUUUGCUUAUUAAAUACUUCAGAACUGUCUCACCCAUUUUCAUUCUUUUAAAUCCACAUACUGUGUUUGAAAUUUCUAAACCAAGAAUACUUAAGUAGCUCUGGUGUAUAUAUAACUAAGGAGAAAAAAAAAGUCUUUUCCAGCUUCAUCUGGACUGUUACCUAGGACAUGGUGUAAUCUACAGGGUGUCCCAAAAAUCUUAGUGCAGUUCAAAGCCUCAGCUAAGACUUUUGGGACACCUGGUACAUCUCAGAAAGUUUCAAAAGUCUGAUGAUUGCCAUGUGAUACAAAGAUCUUAUAUACUGGGGAAAUUUGUUAACAUCAUAGCUCUGUUUUUGAUAAGGGAUAUCUUAGACACGUUUGCACAUGAAACUCAGUCAAGACUCUAUCACUACUCCAAGCAUAGCUUUUACUUACUAUCUGCUAAACCAGCAUCACUGGUCAGGAGAAGGCAAGCUGGAGGUGGGGACCUCGCCACAGCCCACAAGGGCAGUUGUACAAAUAAAUCCUCACUGUCCUGAGCCUGUGGGACAGGAGGAGGAAGCAAGUGAGGUAACUUGCUUCUCUUCAGACCCUGAGGAAUAGAGGUGGGAGUAGGGGAUGAAUCAGUGGCACAAAUAAGACCAUUAUUUUGCAGUCAGGUCCCUGUGGAUGGUGCUUUGCUAAAAGCCUCAGGAGUGCAGUUAAAAGGCUAGAGACUUUAAGCCAAACUAUUUGAGCAAGCCCUGCUUCUGUCUCACUUAAAGAUAUGCCCCCCUCUCCACCCUGGACUCCUGCCUAUCAACAACUCCCUUCUCUAUACUGGUUACACUGUCUCCCAAAAA